GGCGUGGCAUCUGCUCCGGGCGCUUGAAGGAGACUUGGGAACGUCCGGGCUGUGUCCCUUGGGUCGCUGGGAGUCCGCGCCGCCGCCACUGGCCGCCCUCCAUGAGGAAGAUGCUUGCGGCCGUCUCCCGCGUGUUGUCUGGCGCUGCGCAGAAGCCGGCAAGCAGAGUGCUGGUGGCAUCCCGUAAUUUUGCAAAUGAUGCUACAUUUGAAAUUAAGAAAUGUGACCUUCACCGGCUGGAAGAGGGCCCUCCCGUCACGACAGUGCUCACCAGGGAGGACGGACUGAAGUACUACAGGAUGAUGCAAACUGUACGCCGAAUGGAGUUAAAGGCAGAUCAGCUGUAUAAACAGAAAAUUAUCCGUGGUUUCUGUCACUUGUGUGAUGGUCAGGAAGCUUGCUGCGUGGGCCUGGAGGCCGGCAUAAAUCCCACGGACCAUCUCAUCACAGCCUAUCGGGCUCACGGCUUUACCUUCACACGGGGCCUUUCUGUCCGAGAAAUUCUUGCAGAGCUUACAGGGCGAAGAGGCGGCUGUGCUAAAGGGAAAGGAGGAUCAAUGCAUAUGUAUGCCAAGAACUUCUACGGGGGCAAUGGCAUCGUCGGAGCUCAGGUGCCCCUGGGAGCUGGGAUUGCCCUGGCCUGUAAGUAUAACGGAAAAGAUGAGGUCUGUCUGACUUUAUAUGGCGAUGGCGCUGCUAAUCAGGGUCAGAUAUUUGAAGCUUACAAUAUGGCAGCUUUGUGGAAGUUACCUUGCAUUUUCAUCUGUGAGAAUAACCGCUAUGGAAUGGGAACAUCUGUUGAGAGAGCGGCAGCCAGCACUGAUUACUACAAGAGAGGCGAUUUUAUUCCUGGGCUGAGGGUAGAUGGAAUGGAUAUCUUGUGUGUCCGAGAGGCGACAAGGUUUGCAGCUGCCUAUUGUAGAUCUGGGAAGGGACCCAUCCUGAUGGAGCUGCAGACCUACCGUUACCACGGACACAGUAUGAGUGAUCCUGGGGUCAGUUACCGGACACGAGAAGAAAUUCAGGAAGUGAGAAGUAAGAGUGACCCUAUUAUGCUUCUCAAGGAUAGAAUGGUGAACAGCAACCUUGCCAGUGUUGAAGAGUUGAAGGAAAUUGAUGUUGAAGUGAGGAAAGAAAUUGAGGAUGCUGCCCAGUUUGCCACAGCUGAUCCAGAGCCGCCUCUGGAGGAACUAGGCUAUCACAUCUACUCCAGUGAUCCACCUUUUGAAGUUCGCGGUGCCAAUCAGUGGAUCAAGUUUAAGUCCGUCAGUUAACAGGAGGCCGCAUGCAGUGGGUGUUCGUCACAAGCAACUGUAAGGAACUCUUUGUGUUCCAUUCUCAACUUUAAGGAGGAAUAAACUCCAGAAAACAAGGCUUGUAAACUCAUUAAGAUGAAAUAGUAUGUAGAUUAAAGGGAUAGUAAUUGCAUGCAGUUGGUACAUUGUUGCAUUGAAAGAUGUGCGUCAGUAUUUAGUGUGAAUAUUUUAAAGAACUUUUUAGAUAUAUAUAGGUCUAAGAUAGUUCUAUUUGCUUUUGUUAUAUACUUCUAACAAAUAUUCGCCAGUUACUAAAAAAGGAAGAACAAUUCCCUGUAUGCCUGCUCCAACCCUGCCACCUUGUGGGCGGCGAUCAUUCCCCGGAUCGUUGCUGUGUCCCACACAGAGGCGUAUUUGCACUGACCUGGCCCCCACAAGUAGUCUUAUGUCCAAUGUGGUAGGAUGGCACCCGCCCUACCACCCCCGGGAGCGUGCAGUGUUGGUGCUGAAGCCUGUUCACGCUGACCGUCAUUCCUCCGUACGACAAAAUGUUUAUUAUAACCAGGCGGGGGGGGUGGAAGGAUAACUCCAUUUUUAAAUAAGACUACUUCAUAAUCAUUUCAUAGACCAAAUAACUUAGUUUUCUCCAUUUACACAUUCAAUAUAAAUAUGAGGCUAUUUUCUUAAUAGUUACAUUCACAUCAAACAUUAAAUACAAGGCACAUUCAUAUUGAUUUUAUCUUUUUCAAAUUUAAGUUCUAUGCCAGUUAGUUGAUAAUUUAUAACCUAGAACAGUGAUUCCCAGUCUCUUUGUUAUUUUUAAACAAAAACACCCAUUGUUUCACCCUUCCAGCAAGUGCUAAAGGGUGUACUGAUUUUUUUUUUUUGAAGUAAGUAAAUUAAAAUUCAUUUCUGAGAAUUUCCUAGUACCCCGAGAUGUCAAAACUAAGGCUCACUGUUUUCACAAUACAUACCAUUCUAUGUUUAUAAAUAAUAAGUUUUUAAAAAACAUUUCAGCAAGGACAGUCUUUAAGUGACAAGGGUAUCCUUCUGGUGUAAAUGCAGCAGAAUCUGUGGGUGCAUUAUCAGAAGCUCUAACAAAAGAUGUAGGAUAUUUGCUCACUGUACCCCAGCUUAGCCAACUGUGACGAAGCCUAAUCUUUGGACGCCUGAGCCUGUCUUCUGUACUGGGAGACCGCCUUCCAGAGCCUACAGAGGAGGCCACCACUACAAAACAAAAGAGUCAUCUUUAGAGUCAUAAGAAAAGAGAACUUAAAAACUUAAUGAAAAUAAAAAUAUGUUCUCUUCACAUAUGGAGGUGACACUUGUGUCCAGCAGUAUUAGGACAUGGCUUUAGAAGUGUGUAUGGGAGUGCUUAUGGCUUGGUGUAGAACUGGCUAUUUGAAAUGACAUGGGAACGAGGACAUAGGUUGCAGUUUGAAGAAAGGGUUGAGUCUAGCAGGCUGGCACCUCAUGCCUUGCUGUACCACUUCUAGCUGGGCAGGAGAUUGAACUGGGGCCAGCUCUUCAGUGUCACCUUCCUUUGUUUCUGCCACACCUCAGCUUUUUCCCAACUUGAACCUGGCAAAACUACAGAGUUUGGAGGGAAAUUGGGUUGUUGGUUUUCCGACUAAGCCACAGGAAAGGGAAUUCAUUUCAGUGAAAGGGGGAAAGUUACCAGCGCUUUGUUUUCUACAACUAUUUUAAACCACAGUCGCACGAAAAAAGUCAUGUUCUAUCAUACAAACUGUUUUGAGGCUGUUCUUACCGUAGCUGAAGGCAUCUUAGAUCUUCCUUAGUGAUAUCAUUAAGAAUAUGAGAAAGUGUGUAACCCUCUCCGACAAUCUAAAACAGAUCAAAUAUGUAAGAGCUGAGCAGCUUUUUAACAAUAGCACAGGAAUCGUUUUUGCUUAUAAACUUACCUUUGCAAUUGUGUUUGCAUCCGCUCCUUGCAGUUGCAACCAGUCCAUAAGCUCUUGAUCUGCUCUCUGCCCGUGAGGAAGUGCUGGGUUCUCUGUGAUAUCUGUAAUAAGUAGAUAUUUGUUUUUUGUAUAUUAAUGUGAAACCGUGAAAUUCUUUAACAGUAACAAGUUGGAUGUAAUAAACUAUUCCACAAUGUAAGUGUGAUGUGAAAAGGAAAUGAACUAAACGUGUAUCCUUCAGCUGUUCUAAUACAUACUGCACAGUUCAUAAUCCUUAGAUUCACUUUGCAGAGAGAAUAAUCUUUGCCUAUGCCAUGUUUAGUUAGUUUGGAAUUUGACAUAUCUAUCACUUUAAAUUCUUAUUAGCCUGUCUUUAGAAUGCCUUUUCUUAGGAAUCAUAUCCCUAACUGCACUGAAAGUCAAGUAAAGAAAUAGGUUUAGUAUUAAGGUUUUGCAUCAGAACUUAUCCAUUCCACAUUCCAAGAGGUAGCUGUAGCUCUUUUCUAGGUGGCACAUACUGAAUGUCAGCUUUACCGAGGUUCACUUUAAUGCAGUAAGCCACCCUUUUUAGGUGGACAGUACUAUGAAGUCUGACACACAAUAGUCAUGUAGCCACCAUCACAAGAUGGAAAAGCAAUUUCCAUCAUCCAGAAACUUAUCAUGUGUCCUUUUAUUAUCAGUCCCCUCCUUUCUUCUUUCUGAUUUGUUUUCUGUCCCUGUAGUUUUGCCUUUUCCAGAGUACAGUGAUCCCUUGUAUCCACAGGGGACUGGCUCCAGGACCUCCAAGGACGGAGGAGGGCGUGUAGCCUCUUGCCCUGAGCCCGCUGCGUUUGCCAUUCGUCCCUGUCGUUGAAUGCAGCAGUAGUUCCCUUUUAUUAUCAGGUAGUAUUCCACCAUCAACUAGAAUUCUCAUUUAAUAGAGGAUGACCUCAACUGUUUCUUCAAGGCUAAGUAGACUGGUAGCCAGAUUUUAAAUAGCUUCUCUUACACAAACACACUUAAGUCAGAGCAAGUGGGAGAUGACUCACCAUUAGACUUGAAUUGUAACUGAAGGUGACACAGUUCUUGAGUUUUCUCUUCUAGACUUUGCCGUAGAAGAUCCUGAUACUCUCUCUCUCUUUGAACUAGGUGUUCCAAAAGUCUGGUUUAAAAAAAAAAAUCAUUCAGAGAGCCCAAUACUAUUCAGUUCAACUCAAACAGUGGUCGAACAUCAGAGAUUGAAAGAAAAUGAAAAAUGGCACAAUCCCAUACCAACAGCCAGCCUAAAGAGGGGAACAAAUGCCUGGUUUCUUCAGAGUUCUGUGAAUCAGAACUCUGACCACAAAGGCCAGUUGACAAGACCAGUCAACUCAGAACGUGGGUAUAUUUUUACAAUUGGACUGAAUGUUUGUAUCUCCCCCCCAAAUUCAUAUGUUGAAAUUCUAACCCUCAAAGUGAUGGUAUUAGGAGGUGGGGCCUCUGUGAGGUGAGAUUAGUGCCCUUAUUAAAGAGACCCCAAAGACUUCCUUGCCCCUUCCACCAUGUGAGGACACAGAAGACCACAGUCCAUGAGCCAGGAAGUGGGUCCUCACCAAGCACUGACUCUGCCGGCACCUUGAUUUUGGACUUCCCAGUCUCCAGAAGCGUGAGAAGUAAAUUUCUCUUGUUUAUAAACCACCCUGUGUAUGGUAUUUUGUUAGAGCAGCCCGAAUGGACUAAUACAGUUUUGUCUGAAAAUGUUUCAUGAACAGAUAACUAAUAAUCUGAUGUUUAUCAGCAGAACUCAGCCAGGAGGCUGAUCUGAUUAUUUAACCUUGUCUCCCUAAGUCAAAUAAAGUAAUUGAAACUAGAA